AUGUCAUACCAAGCUGCAAAGAGUGAGGUUGCACGUAGCCUAAUGGAGGACAUGUUUGAACAAAACAUGGACAAAAUCUACGAGGCAUCGAUGAGAGAAGAAACUUCCAAAGAUGGUGAUAUCUUGAAAAAUGUCGAAAGUGCCAUCGGAAACUUGAAAGGAUCCUGUGGCGAUGCGGAAUACCAACCACCCAUAGGAGGCGUUUUCUUUCUCUACCGGAUCAUUAUCUUAAAUUUUUAUGUGAAGAAUUUAGCUAUAAUUGACGUAUCUAUGCACUUGUUUAUAGUGGAACAUCCGGAUAUGGGGGAAUAA